CAAGAACGUGAAUAUUACAAUUACGCAAAAAUUAAAAUACUGUUAAAUGACUAGUUUUGGCACAAAAAACAACAACAACAAAAACCAAAGUAAAAGUAAAAGAAAAAAAAGAAAAGAAAGAAAGACAAAAACAUACGGAUAAUAAAAAACAAAAUAAAAUAAAUUAAAAUAAUCCAAAAUAAAAACAAAAACAAUUACAAAGAAAUGGCAAGUAACACAUUGAAUUAAAUGUAAAAUUUUAAGGUAGAAAACCUGAAAAAGCAUUUUCUUGUAAAACACGCUCCAAUAAUCAUUAUUUACAACUUAAAAAUUGUAAGUGUAGUCUAUGACUAUCAUAAUACACAAUUACCUAAAAAAAAAAAACUGUCUGAAAGCAAAGUGCACAAACUGGAGAACUGCUAAUAUGUCACUAAACAGGUCAUAAAGCAGGUAUGAUGGCUUUGCCUGAAAAGCAGAAAAAUGUUGCACUGAUGACUAAGUUAACCAAAAGCCAAAUGCACACACAAUGAUACAGGCAUUCAGCAGCAGCUAUUGUCUUGCACACGAGCAGCACUCUCACACACAAGAGCGCUAAUCUCUCUCACUCAUCAGCAAACGCAAAGGCAGCCAGCCCUCGGGCUCACUACUGGUCAGUUGCUUUCUGUCUCUGCGCUCAGGUCGGGAAAAAACAAGGAGCCAAUGCAUCUGGAAUCAUAUUUAUCUGCAAAGCAAGCAUCUGAAGAAGAGAACAGGAGGUGGAGAGAGCAAACAGAGAUGAAGAUUAUGAAGGUAAAGCUGGAGAGAGAAAAAAAUCUGCAGCAUCUAUUAAACUAAAUCUGGUUGAUGCUUUAAAGUCAACAUAAAAAUCAAAACUGUUCAAAAUAUUUACUUCCUUACUACACAUUCCUGAUCUUACUGUGCACAAUUUCUUCAAUGCACGUCAUUGCAGAUUAAACAAAAAAUGCAACACAAAUGUAACAUUUUGGUCUUGUUUCUAAAAAAAGCUGCUUUACAUGGACUGCUAAAGUAGCUAUUUUUGAAGGUGGACACUCUUUGUUUACAUUCAAAAUGCAAAUGACUAAAGAACUAAAUGAUUACAGAAUUUUAAGAAUUAAUUUAAGAAUUAAAUCAACAAACUGCACCUUACUUAUGUGUAUGAAAGCCAUUCUUUAAGACUACUACAACUGCUUUAGUCAACCUGAAACCAUACAAAAAUCACUAACCAUAACCAUUCACUUUCUAGAUCAUAUUGUGCACAAUUCCCUUUUAUUUAUUUUUUUUGCUAUAAAAUUUAGUAUAGGCUAUUUUUUUACUGUUAUUUUUGAAGCUUGACAGUCCUUGCUCACAUUUAAAAUAUUAAUGAUCAAAAUAAAUAUCUACUCUAAAUGAUGACAGAAUUUUAUUUUUAUGCAUGAUAGUAAUUAAAAUUGACUCAAGUACUUUCUGAAUGCACAUUCAUGAUCUUAUUGUGCACAAUUUCCUCAAUGCAAAUUAUUCCAAAUUUCCUUGUUCACAGUCAAGAUGCAAACGAUCAAAAUAAAUGACAAAAUGAUGGCAAAAUUUACAUUUUUACAAAAGAUAGCAACUAUUUGUUUAAAAAUGUAAUCAAGUCAUUAUGAAAAUCAAAAUGAUUUACUUUCUGAUCUGAUUGUGCACAACUUCCUCAAUGCACAUUACUGCAAAUUUAAAAAGCACUUUGGCAAUAAAAAUUAAAAUUUUUGGUCUGCUACUUGCACAGAUACAUAUAUGGACUGCUAAAAUAGCUAUUUUUGUUUGAGUUUUUUGUUAUUUGAAGCUUGACCAUCCUUGUUCACAUUCAAAAUGCAAAGUGAUCAAAAUAAACAACUAAAUGAUGACAGAAUUUUCAUUUUUAUGCAUGACGGCAACUAUUUGUUUAAGACUGAACCAAUUCCCACGUUUCUAAAAGUAACUAGAAGUGCAUAAUUGCCACAAGCAUUUUUGCAGUAAAAAUGCACAAUUUUGGCCAGUUAUUUAGGCUACUAUAUAUUUUUAGCUUUGUUAUUUUUUAAGCUUGAUAGUCUUAUUCAAAUUCAAAAUACAAAAAAUCUAACUAAGUGAGUAAAUGACAACAACUAUUUGUUUAAAACUGAACCAAUUGAUAACUAAUUCCCACAUUCCUGAUCUUAUUGUGCACAAUUUCCUCCAAUGCAUAUUAUUCCAAAUUUAACAAGCAUUUCUGCAAUAAAAAUGUAAAAUUCUAGCCUGUUAUUUACACAAAGCUACUAUUAUAUGGACUGCUAAAGUAGCAAUUUUUUUUCUUUUGUUAUUUUUGAAUGGCAAAAUGCACAUAGUAAAAGGACUGACCUAAUUAUAACAGAAUUAGCAAGUAUUCAUUUACAAAUUUUUGCAACUAAUUCCCCACUGCCUCUGUGCAUGAAAGGCAUUCAGGACCAAUAAAACCACUUUAGUUGAGAGUAAAUCUGAAACCACAUAAAACAUCAAACCAGUUCUGCUGAAUACAACAGGUUACAGAACUGGUUAGACAUUGUGCUAAAGAUGAAAAACGCCAUGCUUGACGACAACACGAUUCUCAUGAGAUACGAGUGUUAAAAAGCAAAAGAGGUGCAAAUUACAACAAGGGCUGGGCCAACCGUUUUUCACCUGCUCAGGCUCCUCCUCCUGUCCUCCCAUGGGGAGUGUUACUGAGCAGCCAAAGCCCACAGUCACACACAUCGACAUCAUAACAGCAACAAUCGGCUCACACCCUGAGCAGUUUCACUCUCUCUCAGAGAAAGACAGACGCUCUGAUAGUAAGCACUCGGAAGGGAUUUCUGCUCACGGAGGAGCCUUUUAAACAGAGGUCAUGCGGAUGUUAGCGCGUUUGUGAAUGUUUAAUCCCAUUUCCUAUUUGAAGGAGUGGAAACGGCUUGAGCUGAAAGGAGGUCUGUAGCUGCUUUUCAGAUGCUGGACUAUUAUGGUCCAGCUUGAGAACACCAAGUGCAGUUUUCUCUUCUGCCUUGGAGUCUGCAUCCUAAUAUGUUCCGCCAUCUACCUGAAAGCCAAAAUACCCAACACCCUGCUUCCCUCAACUGACUUGAGCAGCCAAACCACGCCAGGCCCCAAAAGCUGUGACAUUCUUCCACCUGCAACUCCUGGGUUUACAUGGCAGCGAAAAGACUGUAAGAAAAUCAGCUAUGAGACCAAACCGGACACAAACUGCACUCUAUUGCAGUCAGAUCUGCACUUUAUUACGGCGCCACUGAGCAAAGAAGAAGACGACUUUCCUUUGGCUUUCAUCAUCACUAUACACAAAGAGCUGGAAACGUUUGUGCGGCUACUGAGAGCCAUUUAUGUGCCACAGAAUGUUUACUGCAUUCACAUAGACGCUAAAGCACCGGAGGAAUACAAGACGAGCAUCCGAAACCUAGCUGGGUGUUUCCCAAACGUCUUUGUGGCAUCCGUUAAUGAAAAAGUGACUUACGCUGGCUUUUCCCGUCUGCAGGCUGACCUCAACUGCAUGAAAGACCUGCUGAAGUAUCCUACAAAAUGGAAGAGAGCUAUAAAUCUGUGCGGCCAGGACUUCCCAAUCCAGACCAACCUGGAGUUAGUCCGGUAUAUGCAAGGACCAGAAUGGAAAGACAGGAACAUGACGCCGGGAAUCAAGCAGCCACCCGCUAUGAAGCACAGGACUGAGUUUCAGUACGAAGAGGUAAAGGGCACCCAUGUGGCACCAAAAGGCAAGGGUCAAAAGAAGGGGCCACCUCCUCACAACCUGACGAUGUACUUCGGGACUGCCUAUUAUUCCUUGACGAGACCGUUUGUGGAGUUCGUCCUCAACGACAAGGUGGCCAAAGACUUGCUGGAGUGGUCUAGAGACACCUUCAGCCCAGAUGAGCAUUACUGGGUGACGCUGAACCACAUGAAAGAAGCACCUGGCAGUUAUGUAGAUGGCGAAUGGGAAGGUAACAUUCGUGCAAUCAAAUGGAGGGACCAAGAAGGAACAGUACACCAGGGCUGUAAAGGACAAUACAUCAGGGAUAUCUGUGUUUACGGGAUUGGCGACUUGCCGUGGCUUAUCGAAAAAGAGAGCAUGUUUGCGAAUAAAUUUGAGACCGCAAACUUCCCCGAAGCCCUGGAUUGUCUAGAAUUGUGGCACCGACAUAAAGUUCUCCAGCACGCUAUGGUUCCCAUACAACCAUCAUGGCAUCUCACCACAGAGGUCGAAGUCAUCAACAACACACUCAUUUUAAAACCAGGGGACUGCGUCUGAGCAAACACCCACGAAACGUCACAAAGAAAGUGAAAUUCACAUUACGUACAGGCUUGCAAACUCCUGCAUGCACUCAAAACCCUGUAUUUCACAUAUAUAUCUGAGCAAACACUAUUUCCUCUUGACAAAGUACCAUCUCACAUGGACACAGUAGACAUGAAGGAAGAAAUAAUAGAAACCUCGCUGGAACAUUUUCUGCUUUACGGUGUAAAGUUGUUGUGUCGAUAUUCACGUCGCAUGGCAAUGCAGCUCGCGAUGUAUAAAUGUUGAAAACGUGAACACUGAUCGUUACGUGAGUGAAGUGUAAUAUAACUGUUGUACUGUUAAUAGUAAUCGUAAUUUCUAUUUAUUUUUAUUUAUUAACUGCUGCAUAAUGCACUGUUUAAAGUGGAUAAAUAAUAAAGAAUGAAAAUCCUUGACGAAAUCCAAGAUACAACAAAUACUGCUAUUACAAUCAAAGGACAAUAUACUGUGAUAUACACAGUAACUGACUAAAAAUUGUGAAAAUAUUGUAAUUUCUGACGUACAGAGCCAAUCGUUUGUCAAAAGUUUAGUGAGCAUCAUUAUGGCAUGCCACUGUAAUACUUUCAUAAUGUAAGCCGCAUUUUUUCAAUAUGUAAAUUUGUAUGCAAAUUAUGAACAUCUGCUCAAGUUAAUUUUGUUUUCAACACUGAUAUUCUCAGUGUUCAUAAUGUUCAGUUUUUGUGCUUCAUUUUCAGUGCUGUCAACUGCACUGAAUUGAUAAAAACCACAGCUGAACACAUCAAGCACUUUCAUUUCCAUUGUGGUCUUAAAUGUGCCUCUUUAGCAACUUGGAUAGAAAACAAUACUCUGCUAACAACAAUGUACAUUUUUUGAUGCUGACAAAAUAACAUAUUAUAGUAGGGAUGCACCGAAAUGAAAAUUCUUGGCUGAAACCAUUGAAGUUUCCGCGAUAAACCGCGAUAUUGAACGUGAUAUUGCGUAGCUUGUCAGUGAACUACGGCUCUGUGUAUUAAAUGGCGCUCCAUUUGAAAACAUCCGUCCACACCGCAGACAUGUUGCUUCAGACAAGCACGUGCAGGUCGCGAUUUCUGUUUGCUUCAUCACAACAUUUCGGCUGUAUUGUUUCGGUGAUAAAAGUCUUUCGGCCAAAAACCGAAAAUGCACUUUUGGGCCAUUUUCGGCCGAAAAUUUUCGGUGGCCGAAUAUUCGGUGCAUCCCUAUAUUAUAGCCAUAAACAUUUACAUCAUGACCACUAAUAGACAUUUAGUCAAAAAUAUAACCACAAAGUGCUAUUACAGCAGAUGGUAUAUACUGCCAUGUGUAAUCCAUUUGCAAUACAGACAAAAAUGAUUUCUCAAUUUGUGUUUUUUGAGGAGAGAUGUGCUCAUACUCUAUUAAACAUUGAGAUUUCACCUGGUGGACAGAAAGCAGGUGACCAAGUACUACUCACACGUGAAAGUCUCCUAAGAUAUCUGUAUUUGCAUCAAUGCUAUUAUACAAGUUAAAAAGUUUAGCAUAUGAAAUCAAAAAUAAAAUAAAAUGAAAAUUUGGGUGGAAAAAAAAAAACAUGCCACCGAAGUAUAACUUUAAUUUUAAGAUUUAAAAAUAAAAAAUUAAAAAAUAAAUUAUAUGUUAAAAAUCGAACAAAUAUAUUUUAAUAUCUAUUUCAGCCCACAGUCCUCAAUCGAGUUGUGCUCUAAGUGAUACUACUAAGAAGAAGAAAAAAAAAAAAAAAAGGUUGAAGCCUCCAAUCUGGUCAGCUUUCCCUGUUGUUAAAGACAGAAUGAAAAAUGCCUAUUCAAAACCUAGACACAUGUAACGCAAUACAUAACCACAGGUUAUGAUUAACAGCACCAAGAAUAGUUAAAAAUUUGCUUGGAAAUUAAUAACCCUCAGAGGUUUAUAUUCUAUAUUCAAAUACAGCUGAUUGUUUGCCGAUGCACAGCACGCCAUGCACAUCUGACCUGUUUAUGCCGGUUUGGAGAGGAGAUGGACUGCAGGAUGCAGUUUCCCUAUUUCCGCCUUAAUGCUCAGAUUAAUUGAGACAAAUGCCACAGAGAAACGGAAGCUAACUGAGCCUGAAACCAAUUAAACCGAGCCAGGGGACUGGGAGGUUAAUGAUUCACUACUGAGAAUGAAAGACAAGUCGCACUCAUUAGCCACGGUCCAACUCUGUCCAAUCGCAAGCGUAAACACAGCACAAAGAGCACACGUUACGAGAAAGGUGACAAAUCACCUGGACAAAGAAAAACACAACCAGAGCUGCUGACUGCUUAACUCAGCGCUUAUCUUCACCUAUGAUAACAACUCAUUAUCCACAUCCACAUUUGAAACUGUCAGACUAGAUAUAUGUGAGAGACUAGAGGGUGAAAUUGUGACUCACGGUCUGCAAUAAAACACCUAAAAGUGUGCCACAUUACAUUGUAAAUACUGUCAAAGUGGCCAUCUUGGUAACCCUCUCAAACUGAAAGUACAGCUUUAAUAU